GUAUUUCUUUACACGGCAAAUUAAAUUACAUCAGAAGCCUCACAGGACCUUGAAUAAGACAAAGUGUCGACAUAUUCUACUCCGAAUUCGAUCGCCAUGGAUCAACAAACACAUGCAUCCAACACGAGGUCGACAAAAGGCAUCAAACCGCCAUCCUCUUCACCAUAGACUGCAUUCCACUCAUUCCCAAAGCUUCCUGUCGAAAUCCGAAUAAUGAUAUCGACGACAGCAGUGGGUCCAUCUCCGCCACCUCGCUUGAUCCGAGUGUCGAUGACCCUGACCCGAGAGAAUCCUGAUAUUGCUCCCACCGCCAAUCAAUUUUUCGACAAGGACGCACCCGAAGAUUCAAUCGUCCCUCUGAUAUUCGACACUUGCAACGAGUCUCGAAAUGUUGAUGCGAAAUACUACGACUUCUGCUUUCAACGACAGUCUACUGCCAAGUCACAACCUGCCGGGAGAUUCAAGAAUCAAUCAUCGCAUAUAUCUUGCCGUUUUUGUCCAGCGAGAUCCUCCUCUCAAUUCUAACUCUACGCUAUCGGGUAUAAGAUCCGGAAACCAGCCUCAAUUCAGUGUAAUCAAAGCCUCGGGCGAGAUAUCACUCAGAGUCCCCAAGCAAAGCCACCCUGGUGUACCCUUCCAACCAGCACUCGACAUCAUAUCCUUCGAGGACAUGUCUGAAGGUGGGAUAAAUUGGGCUCCCAAAUCCAUCAAAAGCCAAAACCUGAAGCUCAGCAACAUCCAAUCUCUCGCCAUCCCAUAUACUCAAUCUGGCACCAUGCAUGCUCGUCAGGGUCCUCCAAGAUUCGGGGGAAGAUCUCUCGAUUUCGAAACGACCGAGGGAGCUUAUCUUUUCCAAGCCAACCAUUUUUGCGUGCAUUCUGAAGUUCGCUUUGAACAUGCGCGGUGAUAUAGGUAGGUAGGGAAAGGUUGGGAAAGUUCAUCGCUAAGUUAAGGGACGUGAAGUUUUUGAUUGAGGAGUUGAGGGCGUUGACUGAGAUGGAAAAUCUACCGAUUGUUAGAUAAACGGAACAGGUAACCUUGGAGCGAUGGGUGACAGAGCCACAGCUUCGGUAAGAUGGGUUGCCUUGGGAAUGAGGGGAAGUGUUGCUCGACUGGCUCUAUUACACGUGAUGUUUCCCGAUCAACUGGGGAGGGGAAAGUCUUUGAGAACGCUAGACAU